AUGUAUGGAUGUACGUUUUAUGCACUUAGCGAUGGCUGUAGCUCAAGAAUCAUCAAACUGUUUUCCAUGCCUAAAAAAAAUGCAGUCAUUAUAUAUGCACAUUUCAGGUUUGUCAAGUAAUCAGGAUUAUGGUAUCACUUUCCCCUUCUACGUUUGUAAAACCUAGUCUCCCGCUAAACCAUUCUCUGCCUCUUUUAAGAGAUACACGAAUUUUGUAUUCUUAAUUAGUUGUUGUAAUUUUUAUAAUUUUUUUGAUACCUUUUUUUGUUAAUAAUAUUAUCUCUUUGUAUAUUAUUCUUACCUUGUGAAAUAUUUUUUUUAAUUUUAAUUUCAGCUGAUCUAUCUUUUGCAGUAUUAACAGUGUAUUUAUUUUAGAAACGCUUUUUCUUCCCUGUCAAUCUCUGUAGGGAGAUCCUCCUCUGUGAGGGCAUUUGGGAUAUGGUAAGAGUUGACCAUGGCACAGAGGCCUGCUUGAUGCUUUUCGUACAGAACCUAUUGAGAAACGAAAGGGGGAACCUGAGUUGUGAACCAUAUAUCCAGACACAGUCUAGGCAGGUAAGUAGAAAGGAGGAUUCCAUCGGUGUUAAGUGUACUAUAAACGCGAUAACGACAUUAUAAGUAUUUUGUGACUCAUUAUCACUACACGUUAUUCCUUUUCCACUAUCAGAAUUUGCCUGCAGAACGCAAGUGGCCAGAAGUCAAUCAACGAGUCAUUUACCCGAUAAAAGAUGUUCUUGUGAGAAUGGAAACCAGUCUGAUGAUAAACCUAUCUGACCCUGCUGUACAAUUUUGCCUAUCUUUCAUUACCAUGAAUGUAGCUGAGAUCGGACUCAGGAGGGUGCAGGAAUCUUGGAAUUCGCAUCCGAUUGAAGGUUAGACUCGCGGCAUAGAAGAACACAUCUAGGUCAAGAACAUGUUUUACUCAGUGUUCCUUGAAAACAAUGUUCGCUUUGAAUGAGAACCAACUGACUUCCUCAAACAAGACGUCAAACAAGUUUUGUCGUUGAUGCAUUAAACUAUUAGAAAGAUAUUACUUUAUACCUAUUAAUGUACUGUUCCGUAUUACUGAGAGAGAAACAGUUUAAAAAAAUUCCAAAGGUUUAUGAGGCGUUUUUCCUAUUUGAGAAAACGCUUUCUUUUUAAGUAAAGCAGUUCUAAACUGCAGACAACUUUUUCCAAGAAAUAAUUGUAUUAUGUCAGUUCUUCCAGUAAACCAUCAUAUACUCAUCACGUAUAUGUCAUAGAUGCUUUACGGGUUCUUGACCGUCACGCGUUUUAUCAACUACUAAGAUUUUUUAGUUCGAGGUCAUAUCUGUUUACUAUUUAUAACCCGUUUUCUCUCUUUCCUUGUGCUUUUUCUUUUUGUUUGACAGAAAACAGCGCUCGAAUUCCAGAAGUAGUUGCGCAGAGGAUGUGUAGAGUGCACCCAGUAAAUCCAUCUUUGGUUCCAAGUGUCGAGGAUGCUAUUCAAAUGUACACUGAUGCUGGAGGCACCAUAACACUCAAUUCUUCGUUUGGGGUAGAUCCCCUGGCAAGCAGUGAUGCACUCAUCAAUCAACGUGAAACAGAAUUUACACAGAAUAAUCCCUCUUUCGACGAUAUUUACAGCAACGUUAUAAAUGGAGAUGGGUCCUUUAUGGCCGCUGCAGUCUUGUCAUUUAUUAAAAUCACUAGAAAUUUGGUACCUUGA